AUGGCUGACACUCAUCUGGGAAACAUGAAGAAAUUGAAUUACAGUAUACACAAAUGUUCAAGUUUUGCUACUAGUUAUGUUCCAGAGUUAGUUAUAUUUUUACUUAAAAAUAUACAAGAAGAUAAGUCAAAUGAUCAGUCGUCUAGGUGGUCGUCAGAAACAAAUUAUUUACCUGAAUAUUUAAUACUCAAACUUCAGCAUCCUGCAAUAGUGGAGACUAUAACAUUUGGCAAAUAUGAAAAGACUCAUAUAUGCAAUUUAAAAAAGUUUAAAGUUUGCGGAGGAAUGACAGAUAUUUGUUCUUUAGACCUCUUCGAAGGUGGAAUGAAAAAUGACAGUAUUCCAGAAACAUUUCCAUUAAAACCUAUGAUUGAUGGACAUAAUAUUCCAUGUAGGUUUAUUAAAAUUGUGCCUCUACAAUGUUGGGGGCCAAGUUUUAAUUUUAGCAUUUGGUUUGUAGAACUUGUGGGUAUUGAUGAUUGGAAUAUAGUCAAACCUUAUUUAGAAUGGUUUAAUAUGUAUCAGGAACAAGAAAUUGUUAGGCUGUGCUUAAAACAUUUUAGGAAGUGUAAUUACAAUGAGGCAUUUAAAGCACUACAAUCUCAAACAAAUGUUUCUUUGGAAGAUAAAUUUAUAACUAAAUUACACAAUCUUUUAGUAAACGAAGGUUCAUUUGAAGCAACUGAAGAUUUAUUAGAAAAAGCCAUAGCAGAUGGUUAUUUUACUGAAUUUAUAAAUAAACAAGAUUAUCAUCCUAUUUGGUCAUCAGUGUGGCCUGGGGAAGGAGAAAUUAGGCCAGGGAUGAGGGGUGGACAUCAAAUGUGCAUAGAUGCUCAUACUGAAACUGUUUAUUUAUUCGGUGGUUGGGAUGGUAAUCAAGAUAUGAGUGAUUUUUGGUCAUAUCACGUUCCUAGUAGAAAAUGGACUUUAAUUUCUAGAGAUACAGAAGCAGAGGGGGGGCCUAGUUCGAGAUCUUGCCAUAAAAUAUGCUUAGAUCCAGAAAGACGUCAAAUAUUUACCUUAGGCAGAUAUUUGGAUAAUCAGUAUAGAACUCAGGAUAAUUUAAAAAGUGAUUUUUAUAUGUACGAUAUAGAAAGUAACGCAUGGACUUUAAUAUCUGAAGAUACAGCACAUAUGGGGGGUCCUCAAUUGUUAUUCGACCAUCAAAUGUGUAUGGAUGUUCAAAAAAGGACAAUAUAUGUAUUUGGGGGUAGAAUUCUUACUCCCUCUUUUAGAACUGGCUGUGCAGGUCUUAUUGGAGUAGAUGAAAUGAAAUUUUCUGGUCUUUAUUCAUAUCAUGUUGCGACUAAUACGUGGACUCAUUUAUAUGAUGAUGUUGCUGUUGGCAUAUUAAAGCCUGGCAUUAGAACAUUAAAAUGUAGAACCGGACACUCGAUGUUAUUUCAUCCGAUUUCUAGAAAGCUAUUUAUUUUUGCCGGACAACGAAGUAAAGAAUAUCUCAAUGAUUUUUUUACCUAUAAUGUUGACUCUGGCGAAAUUCAACAAAUUUUAGAAAAUUCUAGAAAAGAUAGUAAUGUUCCUGGCCCGGGUUUCACUCAAAGAGCUACAAUCGAUGCUGAUUUGAAUGAAAUUUAUGUUCUUCUAGGUUUAAGCAAAGACAAAGAAAAAAGAAAUGACAACGUUCAACAUUCUUUUUGGGUUUAUUCCAUUUUGAAAAAUUCAUGGACUUGUAUAUAUAAAAAUGAAAAUGUGGGUGAACACUAUUGGAAUAAAAUGCAACAUAUUGAACCCUGUCCUAGAUUUGCACAUCAGUUAGUAUACGAUCACAAUAAAAAAGUUCAUUAUUUGUUUGGAGGAAAUCCAGGGAUUAGCUAUAUGCCAAAACUUAGGUUAGACGAUUUUUGGAAACUUCAUCUGUCACGCCCUUCUCAAUUGUGGCUUCUUAAAGAAUUUAAGUUUAUGAUUAGAAAACAAAGAUUAAAAGAACUGGCCAUGGAAGAUAGUUUAAGUGCAUUGAAUUACCUUCAAACAGCAGUUUCGGAUAUUAUCGAUCAUGAUGAUCCAGAGCAAACCAAAGAAUUUCAGCUGUUGGCGGAAAUUCUUUUUCAAAAACAAAAUAACAUAAGUUUUAGGGACGAUGAAAAAGAAUUGAAUUAUCUAAUACGAGAACAGCGGAUUAAGCUGUUUGAUAAACUAGUCGAGUAUUUUCCGAGUCAUAUGACACAACCCAAGUACAAUUUAAGUGACAUUAUACAAUUGAGGCUGCAAAAAAAAUAA